AUGAAGUCUAUCACUUUUUCAAUGCAAGUGAUUCUUGGAGUCGCAAGUGCUUCGUUGUAUCCAGGACAGAGUAACUUAAAUCAUACCUGUGCCUUGCAAACACCAUAUCUAUCAUGUUCACCUCAAGCAAAUCCUAACACCACAGAUUCCUGCUGCACCGAAACCUACGGCGGUCUAGUCCUCGCAACCCAAUUUUGGAAUACCUACACCGGACUAGAAUCUUCAGGUCAAGUCUUACCCAAAGACUCAUGGACGCUGCAUGGUCUCUGGCCUGAUUACUGCGAUGGAAGUUACACUCAGUAUUGUGAUCUCAGUCGCCAAUACGACCCCGUCCCCUCACCCAACACCACAACCGGAACCCCAAGCGGAAAACCAGUCCCAGCCUGGAAAGGCCCCGAUAUCUCCACCUUCCUCGCCCCAUUCGGCAAACUCGACCUCCUAGCCUACAUGAACAAAUACUGGAUCAACCAAGGAGCCCCCAACCCCGACUUCUGGGCCCACGAAUUCAGCAAACACGCAACCUGCUUCUCGACCUUCGACCUCCCCUGCUACGGCCCCUCCGCGGUCCCCAACGCCGAAAUCGUCGAUUUCUUCGAGACGGCCAUCGCGUAUUACCGCAUUUUACCAACCUGGGGCUGGCUUGGCGCCGCUGGGAUCUACCCUUCGAACUCUACUACUUACUCUUUGGGUAAACUGCAAGGUGCGUUAAAGGACGGGUUUGGAGCGACGCCGUAUAUUGGGUGUAGCGGGCCAAGAUGGAAUGAGACGGCACUGGGGAAGGGGAGUGCAGAUAAUGGGAGGACGGUGUUGAGUGAGGUGUGGUAUUAUAUGCAUGUUUUUGGACGGGUGCAGGGACGGCAGGGGGUGCCUGUGGAGGCGGGCGCGAACGGGGGGAGUGUUAGUAGUUGUGUUAAGGUGGAGGGGGGGGUGAGGUAUUUGGAGAGGAGUGUGGGGAGUGAGGUUUAG